AUGUGUGCAUUCCCCGUUGUUGGAACAAUAAUUCGUUGUUGGAGCAACUGGUACGUAAACAACAAAUUUUAUGACUCCAAAAAAAUUGAUCACAAUGUUAUAGAAGCAUGGGAUUUGGGGUAUACUGGACGUGGGGUUGUUGUUUCUGUUAUAGAUGAUGGAUUAGAGAUAACCCAUGAAGAUUUGGCAGACAAUUAUGAUCCUGAUGCGUCUUAUGAUGUAAUUGAUAACGAUGAAGAUCCAACGCCUAUAGAUGAUGUGGAUCAUCAAGGAACACGUUCUGCUGGUGUAGUGGCUGCUAUCUUUAAUAAUUCACGUUGUAAUGUUGGAGUCGCUUAUAAUGCAAAAAUCGGAGGGAUUCGUCUGCUGGACGACACCUAUAACGACACAAGAGAAGCAAUCGCCCUUGGUUAUAAACCUCAACACAUUGAUAUCUAUUUAGCUAACUGGGGUCCGACAGACGAUGGGUAUUAA